UCUCACCUCCAACCAGUCAGUGCUUCCUCUCCCUCCUGCUUUGUCUCUCUCUGUUUGUCUCUCUUUUCUUCUUCUCUUUCUCUCCCUCUCCCUCAUUCUCUCUGCUCUGAGCCCGGACGGUUGGCUGCCUGUCUGCGUCCCUCUGUUUGCUCGGCUCCAUACAAGCCUGUCCAGCUGCUGCACUCGCGCCAGGACACGCGCACACCACACCGGCUGCAGAAAUGGCAAUGAGUAGCAUUCUAAAAGCUGAUGACAUUAAGAAAGCCCUGGAUGCCUUCAAAGUUGCAGACUCUUUCAACCAUAAGAAGUUUUUUGAGAUGGUAGGGCUGAAGGCCAAGUCAGCUGAUGAUGUGAAGAAAGUCUUCCAUUUACUGGAUGCUGACCACAGCGGCUUCAUAGAGGAGGAGGAGCUGAAAUUCGUUUUGAAGUGCUUCGCUACUGAUGGAAGAGACCUGACUGAUAAAGAAACCAAAACCUUCCUACAGGCAGCUGACAAAGAUGGAGAUGGCAAGAUCGGCGUGGAUGAGUUUGCUGCUCUAGUCUACGAGUAAACAACACAGUCCUGGCUGACCUCAUUCCCUUAUAACCCCAAGACCCUGACUGAACACAAAACAUGUUCUCUCUUCCAUCACUGACACACCCUUGCUCACUACUGACACACUCAUGGUCCUUUCUUGAUGCUACUGUUCACAUCACCUGAGCACCCUGCACUACAGGAAGGGGCACCAAACACACACAUACACAAGCUACUCACCCACACACUCACCUUGCAGAUCUUCACCCCUGCCCACUCCUUGCAUACAAGCUAUUUGUUGUUUGUUUUUUUUAUACAAGUGUGUGUGUGUGUGUGUGUGUGUGUGUGUGUGUGUGUGUGUGUGUGUGUGUGUGUGUGUGUGUGUGUGUGUGUGUGUGUGUGUGUGUGUGUGUGUGUGUGUUUCUGCUAGUGUAUAGAUAAAAAGGCCCUGAACUGGGCAAGGCCUCAUCCUAAGUAUGUAGAUAUUUAAAAAAAAGGAAAGAUCACCCCUCUCAUCUCAUCGUUUAUUCUAGACUCCCCUUUCGUUUCGGUUUCCUUUCAUCUCUCUAUUGGCUGCUGUCCUCCCCACUCACUGGCACUGCGCUCUCUCCAUCCUCAUUCCUUUCUUCUCUCUCUUCUCUCUGGUAUGGAGUUGCUGUGAAACAUACCAAAUGGAGAAAGAGGUUAAGCUGUGAAAAAAAUCAAAUAAAACACUGAGAAAAUUCCUCGA